CGUGUUUGCGCGUCAACGCCGUGGGAGUGAAUUCUGACACGUGCUAUUUCAUACUCAAGUGACUUAACGAUGAAAUGUUAAUUGCAGACGACAUAUGAAAGUUUUCGUGCAUGUCAGACAAUGUGCGAGAUACAUGGAUGAAUACUGUACUUCAUUGGGAUACUAUUUUGUUGAUAUUUUAUAAGUUAACUUCUAGUUCAAAUUUCCCUUACAUAUACGGUUACGGUCUUUUAGUGAACGCAUAGCAUACCUUUUUAUUUACGAUAGAUUGAAGUAGAUGCUGUGUUAAGCAUGGUGACUAUUUAACGAAGCUUCGAACCUUGGGGUAGAUUUGUACGCCGGAAUUUGUGUUUGUGGAGCCUGGACGCGGAAAUGGGACAACUAAGUCUCACGUCACUUACGACGAAUCGUAAGAGAGUGCCUUCUUUUGGACGUUUAAACAGACUUAGUCUGGUUAGGAGAUCUCGGAAUGAUUCGUUCAAGCGGCGCACAAGGGCGACUUGCUCGCUGCUAUUUACGCUUACAAACACAAUGACGGAUGGGGGAGUGCAGCUAAGUGGCUACAUCGACAUCAAACAGCCCGCCAAGGUCAAGGGCAGGAAACUCAAGUCAUGGAAGAAAAAGUGGGUCAUUUUGCAAGAAAUGUCCAUCCGGUCCGCCGGCGGUCGGUCGGCAGCCAAAGUGGACGUUUAUGCCGACGAGAAGACGUCACAAUCGUCGCCGGCCGACAAACACACGUUCAUACUGGAGUUCGUGACGGAAGUGCGGACGGCGAAGUCGAAGACCCGAGACCACGCCUUUGAGGUUGUGGAGCGCGAGCCGGUUCUGCUGUUUUCAGGGGCGACGGAAACGGAGUCACAGACCUGGGUUUCGGCGCUCAUGAAAAUCUUUUGGCCUGAAAAGAAAAAAAUCGGUGACUGCUUUGCAGUGGCUAUUCUAUCGAACGAGCACACGCGGCGUCUCGUGCUGCACGGGGAGUUUCUGAUGACAGUGAGCACCGAGAGCCUCUCCAUCCGGUCUGAGGCCCACAACUCGUAUGAGUGGUCCCUCAGCACACUCAAGCGCUUCCACGUGGAAAAGGACGCCGUGAAACCGGAAGUAGAACUUCUCGUCAUUGAAUCCGGACCGAAAUCCGAAAGCGGUGAAGCAGUAUUCAAAUUUACCGCUGACAACGUCGGGAAAAUUCUGGAUUCAAUCAAACAGAAUAUUUUCCUCGCCAUGAAGCAGAAACAAUCAAAAUCAAACGUGUCCCCUAAACUUCGUUCUGCAGUGACCAGUCAGUCAAGUACGGAAAGUGAUCUCAGACCACGCGCUGAUACGAGCUCCAGCGUGGAACAACGUUUUAAAGAACUACUGGAAAACAAUACAUCGGGAUCCAAACUUCUGCCCGGUACAAUGACUGAGUCGCGACAAGCCUCCGAGGUCAUGCCAGAAGUUGACGAUGGGACGCCACCGGCGCUACCAAAGAAGAAGAAAUCCAUCGUGACGUUUAACCAGUCACUGAUCUCCAACUUAAAACCAACAGUUGACCUUUUGUCAACCCCGAAUGAACUAGCAGCCAAUGACAACGAUAGUUCCGACUAUAACAAAAUUGAGCUGAACACUCCGAACAAAUCCAAGCCAUUUGUGAACAUCGUAAGUGCAUUCACAAUUGCUAAUACAGACAUUGGAACAACAAGAGUGCUUCUUGAUGAACGCGGGUACAGUCACGUAGACAUAUGCGACCGAAAGCCGGUCGUCGUUGACAGUGAAAAGGGUCGCUCAGUGUCCAACGUAUCCUCUCAUUCUUCCGUUUCAUUCCGCUCCGUGUCCGUAGGAUCCCGUGACUCCGGGAUUGUGAACACCGGAGCUGAUAAUGUGAACUCGGAGCUCACUGAGAAAGGGAGACACUCACAUCGUUCGACGAACUCGUUCGAUAGCGCAGUGUCAACAUCGUCAGCAAUGGACCAGAUAGAUAUGUCAAAAGCUUUUGUGUCCACAAGUUCGAAUUUGACUGUAGAGAUUGAAGAAAUUGAAGUAACUGCUUCCGAAUUAGAGGCGUCACAUUACGGCGAAAUCGACGAUGAGUAUCUCCAGAAAGAGACAUUAAAGGGAGAAAACCUUUAUGCUGAUAUUCCAGCGGGUUAUAAGGGUUCAGAGAAAAUGAUCAAGAAGCGCAAUUCUGCUGGAAACAUGAAGGUGUCUUCUAACGACUAUGAAGACAUUAAAAAUGUUGUACGGAAGAAAAAUCUCGUGAAGCAUCUCGGAAUGGACCCGGCGGUAGAUCCUUCAUCCGUGGCUCCAUCACUUCCGGAAAGGCCGGCGUCCAAUCGUCUGCGACGUAAGAAUUACUCGACGGACAAAAAGCGGUUUACGCUGCCAUUUAGAAUCAAGCGAGAUAAGAAAACGCGCGACAGGGCGCCGAGUAUUUCCUCUUCGUCAUCCGGUGGGUCAGAGACGACCGACAAAAAUGCUGAGUUGACAUUAAAAGCGUGGCCGCUUGGAAAUAGGUCCACCAUUGUAGACAACGAGGAACUGUAUCAUCCAAUAGCCAUUCAGCGGUUCUUAACGGACGAUGACGGAACUGUUGGAUCGAAGAAGAGGGAACGCAGUUGUUCACUGAACUUAAAUAGUGAUAUAGCACUGAAGAGGCCAUCGGUUGGUUCUACAAACAAAGAGAACACCGUUUGGAAACAUAAUCGUAACGGGUCCAUGCAGAUAGACACGUUAAGUUAUGAUCGAGAAAUCUCGAUGUUGAAUAAAACCGACAUUAAUGGAGGCGAUCUGUCGCUUAUGCCAGAUCUGCUGAUCCGAAACAAUCAGAAUGAUACUGGUUCGGGAUUCAAUGCAACGUCAAUAGAUAACAGCUUUCGUUAUGAUUAUGACGACGAACCAAUCUAUGCGGAAGUAGAACCGACCUGUAGAUCAUCCGGUGAUAUUUCAGAAAACCCGUUCCCGAAUCUGACCACGUGGUUACCUCAUGACGUCAGCGAUGUAGCGGAAGUCAGCGAACUUAACGAAACUGUGUUCGAAAAUCAGACGUUAGUGGUAACUAAACAAGGACGCGAUUUAUUCAAUCAAGGCUUUGUGUGCGAAGAAGUUGACAAGGAAAGCGAACGAACGCUUGUGAAUGACUCUUUGAUAUCCAGUGAUAAUGUAUUAAUAGAUAUUUCGAUGUCAGAUGGUUCCCAACAUAACACGGUUGCUUUUGAUAUUUUUACUCUUGGCAUUUGGUCAAAUAUGUUAAGCUCUCAACCUUUGAUUCCGUUGUCAACGAAUGUAAAUAAUAAUCUUUCACAGUCAGUGUCGCAUAAUUUAUUACAUGUGCAAUUAACUGAAAGCGAAAGUACAACUGCGCAAGCGCAAGGUGAUGUGUACAUGGAUAUGAGUGCCUGCAAAAAUGAAAGUAUAUAUGUUAUGCCUUCAAAGUAAAUUAAUCAUCGGAACUGGAAAGUGCUAAUAAUAAACACAUUAAAAUCAUCAUUUGACACGUAUUAUAAGAAUGCGAUAGUGUUUGUUUAAUCUGUAAUAUGAUAAAGUUAUUUUUAAUGAUGAAUGCACAAUAAUUGCCUUUUUGUGUAUCAAUACUAGAUGUUUACUUAUGCGUUGUUUUUGAUAUUUUAAUGCAAUUACAGAAAUGCUAAUAUUGUACAUAUAUAUGAACAUAAUCAACAAUUUUGAUUAUUUAAAUUAUUUUAUAGAACGGAUAGUCUUAUGCGAAUCUAGAACCUAUCACGUGCCAAAAUAUACCAUUGUUGAAACUAUUUACACAAUGUUAUGCAAUAAAACAUGAAAAUCAG